CGGGUGUGGGAGUGAGCGUGGAUUAGCAGCAACUAGCAAAAGUAGCAAUGUGUGAAGUCCCGCCAAAACACAGAGACACUUCGAAGAUGAUGGUGGCGUCGUCAGGAGGUGUAGGAUCGAAGGAUACGAACGAGUCUCUUAAGAUCGCGAUAGCAAUGGCGCUUUUCCGAUCUAAUCUCCUCCCUAAACAACCGCCUCCGCCAACUCAGCCUCUUCCUUCUACUUCCUCUUCUCCUCACUCCGACUCUCUCAAAUGGAAACGAAAGGCGAAGGAGCGGAAACAAAUGAUUCUCCGGCUCAAAGAGGAUCUCAAGCAAGCUGAAGAUGGUUCACAUUACGAUUUGUUUCCGCAAAGUGCCUCCUGUAAAUGCUAUUUUCUCGGCAAUUUGGAGAUUUUGAGCCCUAGGAACUCAGCUGAUAACUCCCAGUGGAGGUUUAAUGAUGUGUUACGCAGACGAUUUCUUAGACAAGUAAGAAUCAGUGAAAGAAGGAACACAAAGAGGACGGGUGAUGCUGCACAUAAGCAGUGUUUUCCUGACUAUAGCAAUGAAAAUGAAUUGGAGCAGCUCAGUGCCUCAGCAAAUUUCCUGGUGGAGCUUUGUGAUACUGUUUCCUCUGCCCAGGUAGGCGAUACUAGAUAUAUGAGCUGGUUGCACCAGGCUGUAGAUUUCAUUCAUGAUGCAGUCAAGAAUCUGUUAUCCAUCGGGAAAAAUGUAGAGCCUCUUGAAGGAAUUGUCAACAGCUUAAUUAUGCGUCUGGUGAGAAGAAUGUGUGCUACAAUGCAAGAAAAUGAACACCUUGAUGCUGAUGCGCAGUUUCGUAUCCAACAGCUGAUUUACAAGCUUGGAAAUGAGUCUUAUAUCGGACAGCGUGUGAUCUUUUCCGUAACGCAGAGAAUUUCUGUGCUAGCAGAAAGCUUGCUUUUUAUGGAUCCUUUUAAUGAUACCUUUCCAAGUAUGCAUCGAUGCAUGUAUAUAAUGAUCCAGCUUAUAGAAUAUCUGGUAUCAGGCUAUUUAGUGACUUGGUCUAGAGAUGAUGAUUUUGACACAAGGCUGCUGGAAGCGUGGGUGACGUCUCUUCUUCAAGUACAAAAAACAGUGAAUCUCUUGGAAAGCAGGAAUGGGCUCUAUAUUUUGUACAUGGAUCGAGUUGUAGGUGAAGUGACCAAAGUAAUUGGUCAGGUUCCUUCGCUGCAAAAACUCAAUGAUCAUGUUCUUGAUAACCUGUUACACUGAGAUUUUGGUUCACUUUUCCUGCUGCAUAUUGGUACUGUCUCUCUCAGACUCGCAUAUAAUUCCUCUGAUAUCCCUCAACACGAGGUUGACACGGCCGGGAAUAUGGUAGGAUAAUCACAAUUAUCAUGGGAGUGCUGGAGUAACUCGGCUCUUCAGCAACAGCAACAUUUUCCAAGUCCACAUAGUUUGGUGAAAAAUGAGGUCAGGUGUCUUUCUUCGAUGUAUACAAAUCAACUUUUAAUCAUAUUCAAUUGUUUAUUGCUGAAUGCCA